UGCAAUUCUGAGAAGAAACAAAACCCAAAAAUCCAGAAAAUGAAACAAUUAAACCUUGCAGGCUUUAUUUUUUUCUCUUUGUUUUUGAUUGAAUCCUUAAUCCUGCCCACAAAGCCUCAGGAUAUAGAUGACUUCAGUGUUACUCAGAAAUUCAUAGAAGAGAAUGCUGGAUACCUCACCAUCAUCGCAUUUGCUCAAUAUGUUCAGGAAGCUACCUUUGAGGAAGUGCAGAUGCUCAUGAAAGACAUGCUAGAAUACAAAGAUAAAUGCUUGGCUGACAAGACACUCCCAGAAUGUGCAGAAACAGCUAAUAACAUUUUACAGGAAAAGAUUUGUGCUAUGGAGGGGCUGUCUCAAAGGCAUAAUUUUUCACACUGCUGCAGUAAAGUUGACUUUGAAAGAAGACUCUGUUUCUUCUACAACAAGAAAGCUGAUGUGGGAUUUCUACCUCCUUUCCUUACUCUGGAUCCUGAAGAGAAGUGUCAGGCUUAUAAAAAUAGCAGAGACUCUUUUCUAAAUCACUAUAUAUAUGAAGUGGCCAGAAGGAACCCCUUUGCCUUUGCCCCUACACUUCUGACUGUUGCUGCUCAGUUUGAGGAGCUGACAAACAGGUGCUGUGAAGAACAACAUAAAGCCAGCUGUUUUGGAGUUAGGGCAGCACCUGUCACACAAUACUUAAAAGCAAUGUCUUCUUAUCAAAAAAAUGUCUGUGGGGCCUUUUUAAAAUUUGGAUCCAAAGUCUUAAACUCUAUAAACAUCGUUGUCCUCAGCCAAAAAUUCCCCAAGAUCGGGUUUAAGGAACUUACUUCCCUCCUUGAAGAAGUUUCUUCCACGUAUGACGGAUGCUGUGAAGGGGAUGUUGUACAUUGCACCUACGGCAUGGGCAAGAUUAUGAGCCAUAUUUGCUCAAAACAAGAUUCCAUCUCCAGCAAAAUCAAAGAGUGCUGUGAAAAGAAAAUACCAGAGCGUGGAGAGUGUAUAAUUAACUCAAAUAAAGACGAUAGACCAAAGGAUUUAUCUUUGAGAGAAGCAAAACUUACUGACAACGAAAAUUUGUGUGAAGAACGAGAUACUGACCCAGACAACUUUUUUGCUGCGUUUCUUUACGAAUAUGCAAGAAGGCAUCAAGACCUGUCUAUAGUAGAGCUUUUGAGAAUUGCUGAAGUGUACAAGAAUCUCAUGGAAAAUUGCUGCAGCACAGAAAAUCCUCUGAACUGUUACCACAGUGUGGAAGAGAAAUUCAAUGAGACAACUGAAAAAAGCCUGAAGAUGGUCCAACAAGAAUGUAAACGUUUCCAGAAUUUGGGGAAGGAUGGCUUGAAAUAUCACUACCUUAUCAAACUCACCAAAACAGCCCCUCAGCUCUCCACUGAAGAAUUGCUCUCUCUUGGCCAGGAAAUGGUGAUGGCUUUGUCUACCUGUUGCACACUAAGUGAAGAGUUUGCCUGUGUUGAUAAUCUGAUGGAUUUAGUUCUUGGAGAGUUAUGUGGUAUAAAGGAAAAUCGAACCAUCAACCCUGCUGUGGACCAUUGCUGUCAAACCAACUUUGCUUUCCGGAGGCCCUGCUUUGAGGGUCUGAAAGCUGAUCAAACGUAUGUGCCUCCAUCGACCUCGCAAGACUUCUUUGCCUUUCCUUUAGACUGGUGUCAGGAUCAAAAAGAGGAGUUCCAGAGGAAGAAAGACAGGUUUCUUGUCAACUUAGUGAAGCUGAAGCCUGAACUCCCAGAUGAAGAGCUGCAGUCUUUGUUCACUAAUUUCACUGACACAUUGGAGAAGUGCUGCAAAGCCAAGGGGCCUGAAGCCUGUUUUGACCAAGAGCAUCUGAAAAUUGGUGGCUGAAGCCAGGCUGCUUGGGAAAGAGUUGAAAGGCAUCAAAGAUUUAGGAACAUGGUGAUACGUCCUACCCUAUAAGAAGCCUCCUGAGACAUCUGCAUCCCAUAUCAGAUUCCUGGUUUCAGAUUCUGACUCUGCUCCUGAUUCCAGCUUCCUGCUAGUGGACCUCCUGGAAAGCAACAGUGAUGGCUCAAGUAGUUGGGUCCCUAUCAACCACAUGGGGGACUUGGACUGAGUUUAUGGUGCCUGUUUUUGGCCUGGCUGAGUUGUGGCUAUUGUGGGGAUCUGGGAAGCGAACCUCCAGGUGGAAUAUUGGGUUCUCUCUUUGUGUCUCUGUCUCUGCCUCUGUCUCUCCACCUUCCAAAUCAAUAAACUUUUU